CACGCAGAGAGAGAGGUGGGCUGGGUGUGAUGAGUGAUGAGAAGCGAGAACAGGAAGUGAAAGAAAGUAAAGUAAGUUAUGGCGAUUCAAUUAGGUUCCUUCCAAAUAUGCCUUGUCGCCAUAAUAUUAAGCAUGGUGGUUUGCACCGCCGGAACAAAGCCCAUCGGCCGCAGUAGUUUCCCGGCAGGAUUCAGUUUCGGCACCGGAAUCUCCGCUUCAUCGUCGGAAGGAGCAGCAUAUGAAGAUGGAAGGGGACCAAGCAUUUGUGACACUUAUGUUAGGAAAUACCCAGGUAAAGUUAUGGAUCGAAGCACUGGAGAUGUGGGUGCUGGUUUUUAUCAUCACUACAAGGAGGAUGUAAAAUUAUUGAAGAAAAUUGGAGUCGACUCCUUCAAAUUCUCCAUUUCUUGGUCCAGAGUAUUACCUAAGGGGAAGAUAAGUGGAGGAGUAAACCCACUUGGUGUGAAAUUCUACAAUGACCUAAUUGAUGAACUCCUAGCCAAUGGAAUAAAGCCCUUUGUUAUCUUACUCUACUUUGACACACCACAAGCACUUGAAGAUGAGUAUGAUGGACUCCUGAGCCCUAACAUUGUGAAAGAUUUUGAAAAUUACGCGGAUUUUUGCUUCAAAACAUUCGGCGAUCGGGUCAAGAAAUGGAUUACCGUUCAUGACCCAACUGGAUUUAGUUACCAUGGUUACGCGGAUGGCAGCUUUGCACCUGGUCGAUGUUCUAGCUACAUCGCAAAUUGCUCUACCGGAAACUCUGCCACCGAACCUUACAUUGCUGGCCAUCAUCUUCUUCUUUCUCAUGCUGCCGCAGUGAAAUUGUACAAGCAGAAAUACCAGGCUACUCAAAAGGGGCAAAUUGGAAUCACAAUUCUUUCUCACUGGUUUGUACCAAAAAAUAAUACUUUAUCAGACAUUGAAGCUGCCUCUAGAGGACUAGAUUACUUCUUUGGAUGGUUUGGGCAUCCAGUUGUGUAUGGUGAUUAUCCGAAAAGUAUCCGAUCGAUCGCCGGAGAUCGACUGCCGAAAUUUACAGAAGCUGAAUCAAAGUUGGUUAAGGGAUCAUUUGAUUUUCUUGGUCUCAAUUACUUCACGACUAAUUAUCUGCAAUAUGUUCCGUUGAACCCUGUCAACACCAGCUUCACUUCAGAUAGACAAUUGGCCUUCAGUUUUGACAAGAAUGGAGUUCCUAUUGGCACACCAACUUCUAUGAUCUGGUUGUACAACUACCCAAAGGGGUUCAGGAACCUUCUGCUAUAUAUUAAGAAAAAUUACAAAAACCCUCCAAUUUACAUCUCUGAGAAUGGAAUGGGAGAUAGUGGUUCAUGGCCAAUUCAACAAGCUCUGAAUGAUACUUUGAGAAUAAAAUAUCACCAUGACCAUCUAUCAUACCUUUUAAAAGCAAUUAAGGAUGGUGCGAAUGUGAAAGGGUACCAUACGUGGUCGUUUUUGGAUGAUUUUGCAUACGAAGCUGGUUAUUCAGUUCGUUCUGGGCUCACUUUUGUUGAUCACAAGAAUAAUUUGAAGAGAUACCCUAAAGACUCUGCUUAUUGGCUUAGCCAGUUUCUUAGACAAUAAACUUCAGAAUCUAUGUAACUUGAGAGAGAUUGAGUAGAUGAUGAUAUUUUUGUCUUGCUAUACUAUGUUAGUAUGUUGUAUUGUUUAAUAAGACACUCCCGUCAUUCCAUUUUCACUUGGAAAUAUAAUAUAUUUUUUAACUAGAAA